CACGCAGAGCCGGGAUCAGGUCGACAGAACGUAAAAUUUACUUUCGGUUUUAAUUAAAUGUUGAUUUUCAUAUUUCAAUGAGAUGUAUAAAUGUUUAUUCUGAUUGCAUCUAGGAGAUAAUUCUAUUUUCUAUUGAUUUACACCGGAAAAGUCACGUUAAAGAUGCAGGAAGAUUCAGAUGGUAGACCGGGACAGGGUCAACAGAACCAGGCCCGAAACAUACAAUUUUUGGUCCUGUAUGACCAAAAUCAUCCUUAUACUAGGCGUGUAAGAGAUUCUACACCAAUACAGGCAGGCUCUGUUUUUGGUCAGGCUUAUUUUACUGAUACUGAGAAUGAUGGGGACAGUUCUAUGCUGUAUAACAAUGGAAUUCAACCAUCCCAAGCUCUUCAUCAGCCGUCAUCUGAUGUCCAAAGAAAUUUCUUACCAACACAGAUUGAGAAUGAUACUGUUGUUGCACAGCCAUCUAGUGAUAUUAGCAGAGAAAGUCCUUCAUUCUUAGGUGUAGAUGUUAGAAGUGGAAGCAGAUUGCCUUCAACUACACCUUGUCAGUCUGCAUCAGGAUUAUCAACUUCAUCUAUAAACCGGCCUCCAGGGGGACAUCUCAUAGUAGAUAAUGUACAGUUACAAGAAUCUUGUAUUGCAGAACCAGGUGUAGUUGUGGACCUACAAAGAUUAAGAGGAAUGUUAAAACAGCGACAUGGUGAAUCUAAGUAUCAAAAGGAUAUACAAAAUUGUAUGAGGUCAUUUCAACAGGCUUUAUUUAGUGAAGCUGAUGCCUCACAGUAUGCCAUACAACUGCUAUACUAUUUGGGUGAAAGUGGUUUGAAGUGUUUGGACUGCAAAGAAAUACACAAUAUUGGGACGGUGUUUAGGCAUAAAGAAAGCUGCAGUGUUCACAUCUGCUUCCAAGAAAUCCUGAAUGCUGUUGGAAAUCAAGAUACAAGACAGUCAAAUGGGGCCAUUACAAAUGAUCGGGACCAAAUUUCUGAUCAAAGACCAAGUGUUCCAUCACCAUACAGCAUUGGAGGAGAUAGUAUUACAAUGGAGUCAAUGCUCCCUUUGGAAAGAAUGGAACUUGGACAACAAGAAGAACGAGUGGCUAGAGGAAUAAAUGAUGGGGCUACUGGAGGAGUUUCACAAGCUGGAGCAGAAGAAACAUUGUACAAAGCUGCUUAUUUGCCACCUAUGAAUAUUGGUGACAUUGGUAUUGUAGGCAGCUACCAGACAUGCAAUGACAGCAGCUCUUUCACGCGAGGUUAUGCCACAGCACCUGGCCCUCCCCCAAAUCAGACAGCUCAGAAUGUACACCUUCCACCAGCAGUUUCAGAGUCCUCUGCUAGAUUUCCUAUGUAUCAAAGACAUGAUAGGAGACUUAGGACUUUCAACAACUGGCAGCAUAACCAUGUUCAGUGCCCAAAAGCUUUAACAGAUGCUGGCUUCUUUUAUAGAGAGAUCGACGACGAAUGCCAAUGUUUCGAAUGUGGACAAGUUUUAAAAGAAUGGAGCGCAUGUGAUAAUCCAUGGAGUGAACAUGCACGACAUUCCCCGGAUUGUCCUUUUGUGAAGAGAGAGAAAGGGCAAGCAUUUGUGAAUGAAGUGAGGAAGAAUACUGCUAAAAAGGAGAUAAGGACCCCUCCAACCAUCUUUAGAACAAAUACAGGGAGAAGUGAAGCCAACCCACAAAGAAGCUAUCAAGCUAUGAUCGCAGAAGAUAACUCUCUAGAUUGUAGUUUGUUGGAAAUGGGGUUCACUAAAGAACAGAUACAAGUUGCCAUUAACAGAUUCAGAAAAGUUAAUGGCAGUAAGGAACACACCACAGAACACCUUAUAGAAAUAAUAAUUUCUGACGAAAGUCAGCAUGGGAAGGAUCUAUCUAUAUGUGGUGUGUGUGGUAUAAGGAAAGUUAGAGUCAGCCAAUCUACUUGUGGGCAUAUUGUUUGUAUUGAAUGUGCUGUUCAUCCUGGAGAACGCUGCAAAUUUUGUGACAAACCAGUUGUGAAAAGGGUCUUAUAUGAAUAUGAUGUGAACAUUUUAAAAGAUAAAUGUGACUAGUAAUUGGAUAUCAUUUUCUUUUCUUUUUUUUAUGUAAAUUUACAUAUUGUGACUAAAUUUUGAUUUAUAUAUGAAGAAAUUAACUGGGCCUGUUCUGAUUAUGGCUUUGACCUGUAAAACAGUGUUGUAAUUAUGAAAAAAAUAUUGUUUCAAUUUUGAAAAUCCUGAUUAUUAGAUUAGUGAAUGGUAGGCAUGCUGUUGUGGGGCAGGUAUCAAAUUGGUGGAUUCUGGUUUAUAACUAGAGGUAGGAAUGACAUUUUGUAAUCAAACUUGGUGUACAUGAAGCUUAUUUUGUCACCUUGCCUAGGGUUGCUAUUUGGCUUUCUUAAGAAGAAAGGUUAAGGUCACUAAAGUGGUUAGGAAUGUGAUAAUUGUUGUCAAACUUGGUACAUUAUAUAAUGGAAGCUUAUGAAGUGACCAUACCAGGGAAUUUUUAUGGCCCCUUAAUGUCAAGGUGACCUAAAAUUUUAAAUGGUUUUCAGAUGUUUAGAGCUACGAAUGAGGUUUUGUAAUAGGAACCUUUGUGGUUUUUGGAUCCCCCCACAGAGUCAAUGUUAAAAAGAAAAUGGUUUCUGGUCGAUUUAAUACUAGUGUAAGGGAUAAAAUAUGUAGUCAAAAAACAUGAUAUAUAGACCCUUUCAUUUAAAACCGUAUUCAAGUUGUCGCCCUUGAAUGAUGUCAUUGGGGGAUACGGUGGACAUUGCCGAUACGAUUAAGUAUAUUAAUAGAGGGAUAACUCCUUUCUCUUGUAAGAUUGGCAGAUUGAAAUUGCCAAAAUUUGUAUAAUUUAAUAAGAUAUUACUUAAAAAGGAUGAUCAAAUGAAUAAAAAUGUUUACUUUAAUAAAGGUUAACGAUUUGUUUUAAUAGUAGACCAUAUGGCUGGGUAACUGAUCAUGAUUACCAUUUUCGUUAGAUUCUUAAUAAUGAAAAUUUUACCUGGCAGUUAAAUCGUAUUAACUUGCUAAUACCAAAGAUGUAGAUAAUGUAUCUAUAUGUCGCUGCUAAUAUACAAUACCCCAAAAGAUAUUUUGAGUUUCAAAAAUGUAAGUAUUCUGUAGUUUCAAAAAACGGCUGAGUAAUAAUUAAUUGCAAGAUACUGGUUGAUUUAAAAAUUAUUUUGAUUUAAGCAUUACUAAGUCAAGGAAAAACAACAAUAUAAAUUUAUGUAAUUUCUAAAAAAAAUGUUUAGGCAUAAAAAGUAAAAAUUCUUUUGAAUGUACAUGACUGUAUACUAUUUGUGUCGGCAAAAAAGGCACUCUCAAAAAAUCGUACAUCACACCAAUAUAUUUAAGCUGGUAAAGUUAUAUUUUCAACUUGAUACUUUUUUUAAUUCAUACUCUGCUUAUCAAAUAUUUAAAAAAAAUCACUUCAAAAAACAAGUUGUGAAAUACGUACACAGAAAUUCGUUACAUGUAUUAAAUGAAUUAUAAUUUUACGUAUUUUUGACUGUGCUAGUUAGUAGUCAUUUUGGAGUAUCAAAUUAGUAAGGUAUGACCAAUUAAGUCCCCAGGAUGAUCCAUAACCAAAUUCGGACCAUAAAUAUUUUGACAACUAACAAAAGUGACGUAAUCUGAUGUAAUGUUAUAACUCUAAAAAAUGCACCCUGGUGAUAUAUGAAUCUAAAGUUAUAAAAGUAAUUGUUCUUUCCGGAAUAUUUAUAAGAUUAUAUCCUUCACUGGUUCUUUGAAAGAUUUUUGAUAUGGCAUAAUGAAAAAGAAUCGGUAAGUGUUGGCAGAAUGCUUUCUGCUGUUGUUCUAUUAAAGCUUGAAUAACAAUCAUUAAAAAAAACAUUGGCAAUCUUAUUUUUAUGUUUAUCACAAAUACGCCCGAAUUUUCUAAAUGACAGAAACUGUAACACAGAAAACUAGAAAAUGACCAUUUCAAUUUAUAUGAUGGGAAAUUUCAGUGUGUAUGGGUGUUUAUAAAAUAUUAUCAUUUGAUUUAGUUACUAUAGCUUUUUAUCCUGGAAUUAGAAAAUUUUUAUAAAUAUAGUCACUUUGAAAUUUUGCUGUUUCACUGGAAGUGAGAAUUAAUCUCAAUCUUUUUGUAUUUUUUUAUAGUCUUGAUAUUGAAUUAUGUAUGCAUGAGUAAAUUUUUACAUAUCAUAAUCAUAAUUGAACAAUCAGUAUUUAGACAUUUAACUUUUCAAUAAGCUUAGACAUUCUAUGCGGCCUGUAUAGUUUAAUCCCCCAUUUAUGUCACAUCCGGUAAGGGAAGUAACUCUUCCCUGACUGUUAUCGUUUAAAUGAAAGGGUCUGUAGGAAGCUUUUGUGGAGACCUCAAUUGGGAUUACUUUUGGCAACCCUAGGGUCAAUGUUGAUGUCGGUAAUCUUUUAAAUAGAAAAUUGUUUCUGAUAGACAACUAGAGUAACGUGUGAGAUAUUGUGAGCACACUUGGCAUGUAGGAAGAUAGCUUGAAAUUGCAUUUUUGCCCCCUUUGGUCAAAGUCACUAAGAUAGAAAAAAAAUGCUAAAUUAGAAAAAAAAAUUGUUAUAUUUGACUUAUUGUUAGGCAAAACAACACUUCAAACAAAAAAACUCAACAGACAUGUUAAAUACUAGUAGUUCUGGUGUUACCUUAACCUUUAAAGAACUUAUUCCAUCAAGGUCUGAUAAUUGAAUUUUGCUUAAAUUGCCAUAAUUUUGUUAUUUAUGAAUGGAUUUAAUACAUACUUGGACAAAACAACUCUUAUGAUGGAAAGUUUAUGUUCAAUAAUCAAGCCCUAGACUGACCCUCACACAAUAAAACAUAAAAAGCCAAGAGCACAGCUCACUUGUGAUGUUUCUUGUGCAUUAGAUAUAAUAAGGUAUCCUAUUGAAACUUGUCUGACUUCUCUGUAUUUGUCAUGCUUAUUUCUGGCUAUUUAUGUGCAAUUUGCGCAGAGAGCAAAGAAGACAAAUAUUAAAGUAUCUUUCUUUAAUUGAUUAAAACGGGCCCAGUUGAUUUCUAAACCUGUUGAUGAUUUUUAUUUUAUUAUAUUUUUGCACUAACCCAUGCCUUUUUCAUAAUCUGGAAAAAAAUAAUCAUGUUAAAAACAGGAAAAUUGGAAAAAAUAAGGUAGUCCUGAAAUUAUUCACUUUUUCAGAUGAUCAUACAUUUUGUACUUUAAAAUAAAUGGUUAUUUAAUUAAAGCCAUUGUGUGUUUUAAAUCUAAAAAUGUUUUUUUGUCUUAAAACAUCUUGGAAUCAGAAUUGUGGUAAAUUUUAUGCAAAAAGAAAAAUGACUGACCAAUAUUUUUUGUUUUCAUUUAGGUACUUCUUUAAAUGUAUGAUUUUGUUUAACCUUUAAUCUGUUUGAUUCAAUCUUUUGCCACCUGAAUAGAGUCAGGACAUUGUAUACUCAAUAUAGAAUAAUUCAUGGAGAGAAAAAAAAUAAUAUUGAAAGAAAUGUUUUAAUGAAAAUAUUUAGUGAAACGGUCAAAUCUGUUACAUGUGAAGCCUAAGAAGCCUGGUAUUUUGUGAAUAUUAUAUCUGAAAUUACAAACAGCCGCCAAAGACCUAAUAUACAAAAGAAGAGAAGGAUAUAUGUGUAUGAGGUGUCUGAAAGGCGUUUUAAAGUUGGAUUUAAUGAAUGAUCAAAUGUCUCCAGUGACCAAGAGUUAUUGGCUUUACAUGAUUUAGAGAUGAAUGAAUUCAGCAAUAAUCAAAGCAUGCAGCCUAAUAAUAUAAGCAAUAAUCACUUUUUAGCUUCUUUGGAUGUUAAGUCACAUCGAAACUGUAAAGUUCACCAGCUUGAGUGGUGAAGGAAGUCCUCAGCUAGGUGCCACUUCUCAAGGUUUGGUAUAACCACUACUUUACCAAAGCCAGCUUAAUACCUUCCUCAUGUAGAAGAAUCCAAAGUUCCUGAAGGGAUUCAAACCCACAGUGUUGAGGGAUAAGUGAUUUUAAAGAAGGUGACCUUAACCACUCGGCAAUGCCACUAGUAAAAAGUCAGGCUUAGUGUGACUAGGCUCUUUACUAUUGGCUGCUUAAGUGUAUAGUGGUUUAUCUAUUAUGCAAACUAAGGAUUACAUUCCCAAAUGAAUACAUGUAUAUAUUAACUCCUGUCUGAAAAUAUUUUUUUUAAAAUAACCCAAUUGUUUUCUUGCUUCCUGUUGAUUGCUUUUGUUAUACCUAUUUUAGUAAAUUAAGAUUGUCCUGAUAGUGGGUGUUUUUGAAUGAGACAUCAUUAUUUGAGAAAAUACCAAUUUAGUGCUUUCCAUACAUGCUCAUAAGGGUUUGUAAUCCUUAAACAAUUGUACAUAUUUUAGAUGUAUAUAAAGUGCUAUUAUUUUGUAUAGAUGGAUAGACAAGAUACAUGUUUAUAUUAGCCCUCACAAUGCUGGAAACCAAGCCUUUGCCACCAUUAUUUAUGUACAUUUGUAGCUACAAUUAAAGCUGCAUAGUUUUAAGAAUUUACAUGUACAUGUAAUGAAAUUCAUGAAACUUCUACAGGACCAAAAUUAAAGUAAGGCAGCUUUGGCAGUUUCAUUAUACAAUUAAAGCAGUGUGAGUGGUAUUCAGAACAAUAUUGAUCCAAUAUUCUUAAUUAUAAAUGAUAUGCUGCAUAUUAAUGUUUAACAUUUUUAAAAUGUUUUUAUGGUUGUUGUUCAUCCUCUAGGAGUAAUAUUGUUUUAGAGUAUUGAAAAUGGUGCUAAUACCAUUUGUGUUUUUUGUAGAAAAGAGUGUUUAACAUCUGUGAUAAGUUCAACUGUUUUCUUUCUUCCCUAUUUCUUUGACUCCAUGAUUGUUUUCAUAAACAUAAAAAAAUUCUUACUUAAA